GGCAACGCCGGGCUAGCUCAGGAGGCCCAGGGCUGGGUUCGACCCAAUGCCCGCAGUCCGCACAAUAAAAUAUCGGACAAUUCGGACUCUCGUCACUGACAAAACUACCAUCCCUAAACACAAAACAAAAGUAAACAAACGACAAAUAUACACUGACGACACUGCCGGAACAAAUUGGUGGCAUUGGUGUUAUCGCCACAACGCACCCACCCAUCCUGUGAUGCCUCCUGAGUGUCUCGGGGCAUCACCCAUCUCCGGCGGACCGGAGCCUAUUCCAGGCGGUCUGGCGACCGGCCCAUCUCCCCCCAGGUGGUAUUUCUCCACUCCCGGCGAGAGCGUGGCCCUAGCCAGGGAUGCGCUUGCGCCAAGGCUGCGCUGUUGUUAAACAUUUGGCCUCAAACGGCCACAAAACAAUUAUUCCCUCUUUGGAGUCCCUAAUCCCUGCUGGAGCUCCAAUAGAAAUAUAGGGUACAGGGGUUCACGACAAAAAAACAAAAUAUACUCAAGAAAAGACAAGGACCGGCCUUCUUCCCCGUUCCCCCUUUGGUCACAGCUCCUGUGUUGCACCAAUCCCGGACCCGGGAUACGGCCAAGCGGAGAACAAAGAUAACCUUACAAACAAAA